CAGAAAGAGAGAGUGUGUGAGUGUAUGUCCCAGAAAGAGAAAGAGUGAGUGUGUGUGUCCGAGAGAGAGAGAGAGCGAGAGAGCGCGCGCGCGCGUGUGUGUGUGUGUAGUUUCUGCGGAGAGACGCUCCGCUCCGAUGGUGCUGAAUUUUUCCAAGAUGUCGUCGCUGGAACAGAGACUCUCCCGAAUCGAGGAGAAACUGAAGCAGGAAAAUAACGAACCUCGCAGACGGAUCGACCUCAACAUCGACAUGAGCCCACAGCGCUCGCGCCCGAGGCCCAUCAUCGUGAUCCAGCUCAGUCCUGCUCCAGCCCCUUCCCAGCGUGCAGCUUUGCAGCUGCCGCUGGCCAACGACGGUGGAAGCCGCUCCUCUUCCUCAGAGAGCUCGCCACAGCACCACUCGUACCCCAGCCGACCACGUCACAUGCUCACGUUGCCUACUCCACCCUAUGGCCUACAGAAGAGCUUAGAGAAUGCUGAAAUAGACCAGAAACUACAGGAAAUUAUGAAACAGACGGGUUAUCUGAAGAUCGACGGACAGCGUUACCCUGCGGAGGUGACGGAUCUGAUCAGCGAGGGUGAGAUCGGAAGCGGUACCUGUGGACAGGUGUUCAUGGUGCGCUUUAAGAAAACCGACCAUGUCAUCGCUGUCAAGCAAAUGCGGCGGACGGGAAACAAGGACGAGAAUAAAAGAAUUCUAAUGGAUCUGGAUGUCGUGUUGAAGAGCCACGACUGCCCGUAUAUCAUCCAGUGCUACGGAGCUAUAGUCACCAACACUGACGUGUUCAUUGCCAUGGAGCUGAUGGGGACGUGUGCAGAGAAGCUAAAAAAGCGGAUCCAGGGGCCCAUACCAGAGUACAUUCUGGGGAAGAUGACCGUUGCGAUAGUAAAGGCUCUACUGUAUCUGAAGGAGAAGCACGGCGUCAUCCACAGAGACGUGAAACCAUCAAACAUCCUGCUGGACGCUAAAGGACAGAUCAAGCUCUGCGAUUUUGGAAUCAGCGGCCGCCUCGUCGACUCCAAAGCUAAAACCCGCAGCGCCGGCUGUGCUGCUUACAUGGCGCCUGAGAGAAUAGACCCUCCAGACCCCAGUAAGCCUGACUAUGACAUCAGAGCCGACGUCUGGAGUCUCGGCAUCUCUCUGGUGGAACUGGCUACAGGUCAAUUCCCAUAUAAAAACUGCAAGACAGACUUUGAGGUGCUGACCAAAGUGCUACAGGAGGAUCCUCCACUUCUGCCUCUCAGCAUGGGCUUCUCCCUAGACUUCCAGUCCUUUGUUAAAGACUGCCUCACAAAGGAUCACAGAAAAAGGCCGAAAUACCACAAACUGCUCGAGCACAGUUUCAUCCGGCGCUACGAGGUGCUGGAGGUGGACGUUGCAGGCUGGUUUCAGAGAGUGAUGGAGCGCACCGAGUCUCCACGCAGCAGCCAGUGCUACAGCCAGCACCAGCUCCACUCUAUGUUCAGCAGGUAGCCGCGCACGCAGAGACGAACGCACGGCGAGACAGAGUCAGGGACGGACGAAGAGAGAGCGUGGAGGGUUGUGUGUGAAAAGGGGGAAGGGAUGGAGCAAAGCUGGUUUGAGACAGAGUAAAGAUGACUGACAGACAGACACGAGCAAGUGUGUUGUAAAUUUGAAACCUAUUUAUAUUUAUCUUUAUAUUUUUCCUUUCUUUCUCAUCCACCACCCUAUCAGGACGGACCUUAGCCUUAGGAGUUGCUAGUCGUGCACGUUCACAUGUAUAGUGUCAUACACAUUCACUACCGUUAUAAGCUAUAGAGCACUGUACAGUGUAAAGCGACAGCUGUGAAUAUCUUCACUUCUUACAUCACGUAUUGACUUCAAUUCAGUGUAAGCCAUAAGGCUGCGCGGUGUGUGUAGCCGCCCUGCAUAGUGUGUGUACAGUUUUGUGUUCAUACUGACACUGUGUCCUUCACCACGGUCGUUAGCUCCGCAUCCUCCAUUAGCCCCUUACUCAGGGACUGAACAGAGUAGUCGAACAACACUGAGCCAAGGUGUGUGUGCGUGCGUGUGUGUGUGUGUGUGUGUGUGUGUGUGUGUGCGUGUUUGUUUUGUGUGUGUUUUAUGCAUUUGUGAGUAGUCUUAUUAGUUAUAAAGUCCUCAUUUUCCCGGACAGCUCACAUGUCCAUAGAUAAGUAAUAACUUGAGGAAGCAGUAGUGUUUGGAAAAUGUCUGUUUGUCCAUCACAUAAGAGCUAACACAAGGUUAGACAUUUAGGACUUGUUAGAAAUAGUGCUUCAAAGUGUUAUCGAUCGAAUUUGCUGAUGGGAAGUUAUUUUGCUGUAAAGACAAAAAAGGAAAAAAAAAAGAUGUUUAGCUCGUAGCAUUUAAUCUAGAUCAUGCUUUUAUUCUACACAUCACAGGAGAGUUGGCAUGCAAGUGGGAGAAAGACUAGUGAGAGAAAUUGCUUGUAGAUAAAGAUGACAACCGAGUCGGCUAUUCGUAAGUAGAGUCUAGAUGGAAGUGGCGUUUUUUUAUCACCAGGCUUCCACAGAGGUCAGAUUGUAAUAAAGUCUAUCAACAACAAAAAAAACAAAACCGUGACUUCAUACGUUAAUAGCUUUACUUUGUUGAUAGGAAAGUAAGAGAAAUCGAAGCGUCACGUUCGUUACAUCACGUGGUCAAUAAAACAGGCAUCAGUGAUAGACGUUAACGUGUCGCUGUUGGAAAUGUCAUCGUACCUGUCGCUUUGGUACUUCGUUGAGUUUGAGGUGGUGUUAAUUCCCACCCUGUCCUUUACCUGUCUCUGUUGGCCAAUCGCAGCGCAGUUGGGCGGCAUCCAGCCUUUGACCAGCCCUCAAUCAUGAACUCCUCUAAUGUUGUGUUCUGAAUAAAAUUUCAGCAAAAACCAACCUGCUGAGGAUAUAUUAGGGGGAAAAGCCGAUUGAUCAAAAGGACAAGAAAUUACAUCAUGGUUAAGUAGUUUUAUUUACAUUUGUACAAAGAAGAUUGAGAAGGUGAAAAACAGAUGAAAUUUUAAGUCUGGAUCUAAAGAUGACGACACACGAAUUCUCUCACGGUCAACAGAACCGUUUCAGUUAGUCGCUCGUCCAGCUCCAUCUUAAAUCCAUCCUUUUAUCAUCAUUUUUCUCUCUCUUUUAUUUUCCCUCCUUCUAUAAGUUUGGCAAACCAAAGCAUUUUAGAUUUCUUAAUUUCUUCUCCUGUAAUCCCUGAUCACCGGUCCACAGCUUGUAGAGGAGCCACAUUUCCCAGAACCAAAGUCGUAGCAGAGAAGUCACUGCUCUUCGAAACCAAAUCACUGCAUGAACGAAGGAAGAAAAAACGAGCGAAAGUAAGUGAGCUAGGGAGAAACGGGACACGGUACGUCGACAGAAGGAACCGGAUAAGCAAAGAAGCAACAGGAUAUUUGGAAAGGUGUCUAAAGGAACGUGAAGGAUGUCGAACGUAGGAACGGACAGGCGAGGAGAGAUGGGAAAAGAAAGUGUGAUGUGAUGGGAGUCGUGAUGUUUUUGAUAGUGUAAUCUUCCUGGCGGUGUCGAGGUUAGCGCUUGAUCUUCACUGACUGCUGGACAUUGCAGAAAAGCUUUCCACGUUAUCAAACCAAUAUACAUUGUUUUUUUUUAUUGCUAGGGAAAAUUAGUGUGUUUAUUUUUAUUGCGUUGUUCAUUAUUGUUGAUUUUUUUUAUGAUUAUAAUAUUUAUUUAUUGUUACUGCUGCUAUUGCUUUUGCUUUAGAUGCUGCUGUCAAUAUAUUUUAUUAGCCUUUUUUUCUCUCUCUCUCUCUUCCCCAAAGGUCAAUAGGGUUUUCUGUUUCCCGAAACCAAAAAAACAAACAAAAACGUGAACCGUUGCAAUGUCUACGAAUUAACCAAAUACAUUCAAGACUGAUCGUGAAGAAAAAGACUGUAAGAUCGCAUCAAGGAGGUUUUUAUUUUUUUAAUUUUUGAAUUCAACGUGUAUAGUUUUAAAAGUCGUACAAACCCAGUGUUUCAAUUUCCUAGCUAACGAAUUAUUCUUAGAACAAGUAUUAAAUGUGUGAGUGGUCAUGUUUCUAUAAGAGCUCUAUUUCAGCACUCGGCUGUAACCGUGUACGUAGACGUGAUGUGCGUUAGCUGUAGUCCGUUCCGUCCUGUGGUGGAUGGUAGCGUUUUUGAAACGUCUCGUUUCCUCUUUAGUAAUUUUCUGUUGAACACCAGUGUGGGUCGAUGCGGCUUCAACAGAAAGCUGGAUUUCUAUAGAAUAGCGAUUGAUCUUAGCAUUGCUAGAAGACAGGCUUCACACUUUUCCACCAGUCUGCCGUCUUUAGCAGCGUAUCUGCAUUAAACGCGCUAUAAAAUACCAUCUUGUGUACAGUCUGGGAAAAACGAAAUCUCCAAACCCACGUGCGACUCGACUCGGCACGAUCACCUCCUGUCGGUUUGUCAGUCAAUCAUUUUCUCUUUCUGUCUGUAGAUCUAUCUUAAUAAAAGUGUCAUCCAUUUUUUUGUUUAAAAAAAAAAAAAGACACGCCGCAUCAAGCAUAUUAAUGCUGAGUCAUGACUGUGAGACAGACUCGUCUGUGUGGCUCGCUUGUUGACGUCACGUGCGGAUAAGAGAAGCCACGUUUACAUUUAGAGUACGUUCACAGAGUGCGUUUACAUGCAUGGUAAUAAUCCGAUUAUUAUCCCAGAGCCCGUGGGACUCGACACAUCCGGUGCAUUCACAUGGUCGUGUAACUAGCAGACUGCAUUUUAUUCUGCAUUAUGUGUGCAUUUCAUGACACUCGCUACUCAGGUGACACCUACAUUUUAUCCCAAUAAUCUGAUCUACAUUUGUGAUAGAAAACAGUUUGACAGCUCUAUAGCAUUAAAGUCUGAGCCACACAGAGGAUCAUUUGGACUGAUUUUUACGCUUCGGAUGAGCACCGGUGUGUUCGAUUAUCUUCUCCUGUUUAUACCGUGGUGCGAGGUGUACAUUUGUAACCCCUGAGAUUUUGAUGUCAUGCAUAAAAGACUGAUACAGUACACAGACCUGCUGGCUGUAGUGUUUGUUUUGGUCUGAAGUCCCACUUAUUUUUUUUCCCCAAGAGCUUCUACAAAAUCCCCGGUUCUGAAGGUCAGUUUGAAUCUGGGAUCGUGUACGAGGUCUCGACUGUUCGACCUCGGAUAACAUGGUAUAAAUACCGUAAAGUGGAUCAGACAUUAUACAGAUUUAGCGUGAUGACAUGACUCGGUUAUAAAAAGUCUAAAAAGCUGUGUGGUCCUGAAUUCUCUUUUUGAGAUAAAGGUGAUAAAGUUAUAACCCAAACUGACCACCUCAUAGGAACACGUAAACGCAGCAAAAAUGCAGAUCCAGUGGAUCAGAUCGGAUCAGCACUCUGGCCCUGAUAGAGACAGACACUUUACUACUAAAGCAAUAUUUGUAGCAACUUUUACUAAAAUAAAUCUACUGACUGACCCGAGUAAAAUGACUCGGAACAUCUUCAGAUUAUUCUGUGCAUGUAAAUACACUCAUACAGAAGCUUGGAUUAAUCCGCUUAGAUUAGACACCUGCAUGAAAUUCUUAGUUAAACAUUUCUUUAAAAAAAAAAAAAAAAAGCUGCAUCCUGCUCUCUUACCCCUGUACCGUUAAUACACACACACACACACACACUCACAAGGAAAGCUCAAGUUAAUGUUCUGAUUUUCCAACUGUACCUCUCUUUUUUUGCUGACCCAUUUAUUCGUGUAAUGUUAUGAUUAUUUUAUUUUUGACUGUUCUUUAUUUUUGUGUGUCAGUGCUGUGUGUUUGUGUGCACAUUUUUUUCCCAUUUCCGAUGAGCAGUACAUGACCUCAGCAAAGCGAGAAGCAGAGAACACACCAGUGCCACUGCUUCCAUAGCAUUAGCGUGUGUGUGUGGGUGUGUGUGUACUCUAGCGCUGUAUGAUGGGAGUUUAUUGAUAUCCCCCCAUCUGUAACCAAAUAUUCACUAUGCAGUCUUUCAGUCAGCUUGCUCGAGCCCUAAAUCUCCUGUACACACACACACACACACACACACACACUGUGGUGAAAACCUUUGCUUUUAUGAUGGACUUCUUUGCCUUCAGCCAGAAGAGAGUCUUUUCUGUUUGAUUCAUGUGUGUGAAUGAGCUGACGCAUAUUUAAGGAUUGUACUGGGGUGGGCGGGGCUUGUUCACAAUAUAGGGUGGGGUUUAGACAGUUAGUCCAAUGCUGUAAAGUGUAUCGAUUGCAUGUUAUCUCAGAUGUAACUGCCAUUGAUUUGACUUUUUGAUGGGAGGGAAGGGGCAUAAAACUAUCUAUUUAUGAUUUUUACAUAUUAUAAAUAUAUAUAAAUAUAUAUUCUGUACUUUUUUUUUUCAUUGUGUUAUUAGAAAAAGACACUUUUGCUUUGUCUUCUUACCUUGAUUGAAUAUUUGCAAUAUGACGUUUUUAUUUUUUAUCCUUGCUUGAUUUUAUGCUGUUCUCGUUAUGGUCAUCGGUUUAUACGUGUGUAGCUUUUUAGAUCAUCACCACGUUCCUGUCCCAGCGUCGUAUCUUGCGUGCAAACGCGGGACAGAUCGGGUUUAUCCGUCGUACGUUGAGAAAGCCGAAACGUUUGUCACGGUUGCGAUGUUGUAUAGUGAAAAUCUUCAGGGGUUAUAAUCUCACACCAAACUGAACAAAGACAUCACGUCAAAGGUGUGUGUGUGUGUGUGUGUCUUUCUAUUCAACUCCUUCAUCACCGUGGGAUUUACACACACAUACACACACACCGUGUCUCUAGACCACGAUCUUACCCCGUGUGUAUGUACUCGUUCUCCGGUCGCUCUUCAGUUCCUUCAUGCUGUAUAGAGUUAUAAACGUCACCGUUCCGAGCUGCUGUUGCUUUCAGACUAAUGGAAUGUAUCAUUUUAUCAUCAACCUUUUCCACCUGAAUUCCAGCUCAGACUCCGAUUCAGUCUGCUGUCUUCAGUAGGACGUGUCAGUGAUCAUCCCAAACCUGUAGGAUUACACCGAUAGAACCUUUUUUUCCCUUCUUUUUUUUUUUUGUGAUUAUUUAUUUAUUUUUUGUUUGUUUCUUUAUUUCUUUCGUGCCAACAGCUGUAAUUAGGCCGCCUUUAAUUCUUCAGCCGUAGAACAGUACGAGAAUCUCCUGCCUGUGGGAUUGUGUGGGAUUUACUGUGGUGUAACGUAACGCACGUGCUGUAGGUAAAUACAACAAAUCUGAAAUUUCACACAGAACUGUUUAUAGAACAAAACCCCCACAGCAUCACAGCAUUAUACAUGCUUUUGUCUUUCUCUCAGUUUAUUUUAUUUAAAAAAAAAUUUUUCGCCCACAUUUAUAUCCCUCUUAGUCUCAUUUUGUCACUAUUUCAAAUGAAUUCAAUGCCAUUAUAUUGUGAAUACCUCAGGAUUUUUUUGAGAAAAAAAAAACAUUUAAGAACUUAAAACAAAUAAAUCCAAAAAACUUAAA